AUGGCGCUUCACGGUAUAACUCUGGUUGCUGUCCUUGCUGGGCUUGUUCUUCUCACCUCAGCCCAGUACCACCGGUACCCGUACCGGGACCAGUACCGGGACCAGUACCGGGACCAGUACCGGGACCAGUACAGCUGCCAGCUUCCCAAGGACCCAGGUCAUUGUUUAACCUCGAUGCCCCGGUACUACUUCAACUACCGACUUGGUAUAUGCGAGAAGUUCAUCUACGGAGGCUGUGCUGGCAACUCGAACAACUUCCACACUCUGACUGAAUGCCGCGCUGUCUGUGGAGGAGAAAACCUUUGUUUGCAACCUGUUCUUCAAGGUAUUGGCCAGGGCUACUACCCUCGGUACUUCUAUGACUAUCAAUCUGGCACCUGCCGAAGAUUUGUGUACGGAGGGAGAGGGGGCAACUGCAACAACUUCCACACUCUUCAGGACUGUCAGUUCCAGUGCUGCUAA